AAAUAGGUAGAACACAUGAUUUUCAAUGCCAAAUAUUAAUUUGAGUACAAUGUUAAAAAUUAUCACAUACUAGCAAGAUAUAUUAUUCUAAUUCAUCUCCAGCACAGCACCGUUAAAACAGCGUCUGAUGGAUAAUGUUUAUCUGGUUCAGCAGCAAGUAUUACAUUACUCAAGACUUCAGAACAAACCCCAUUUUGGUCAAGACAAGACAAAAAAUUUUUGUCCUUUAAGCACAUCUAAUGUGUCAGUUUUCAUGCGGUAGAUUAAAUCAAGCGCAGUCAAACGUGGUUCUGAUGUUGAGCAACUCCAGAACAGUCAAGAUAGUUCACCCCCGUGAGACCAAUUUAGAAAGAUCAGUUCGUUAAAAGGCCUACAGCUAUGUAAAAAUAUGUCUAUAUCUCACAUGGCGAUUUCAGCAAAUCAUUAAACCCAUAUAUUCCGUGCUGUUUGGCUAUAUUAAAUACACAAUUUUAAAAGAAGCCAAGAGUUUAAUUUAAGAAUUAAAUCGUAGAGGUUUAGGCAAAAACGGAAGUUGUGAGAGGCGACCGCUCUCGCUUCGCUUGUAGACGGCUGUACAGCUGUUUUCACGUUGCUAAAAUUCUGCGCAAGAUGUUAUCCACGAUUUACAUGCAAGGCAGUGAUGCAAACAAGCCCGCUGGAAAAUAAAGGGAUUGUUGUGCGGCUGCCUUUUGGAUAAAAAAGACCCCUGUCUAUCUUCGCCCACUAUGCGGAGGCUUAACCACACCGACGCCGUCCGCAUAGGUCGUAUAUAAGGGAUAUUUUAUGGAAGGUGGGACGAGUGAGAGGUUGUGAGGCUGGGGAAUCGGGACAUCAGCUGAGCUGGAGAGAGGAGCCUUAGCAAGCUAGCUAUCGUGACAGUAACGGGUAUAACGGAGACGUGACUUUUCCGUACAACAGCCCCGCUGGUUCACUUCGGUCAUCAUGGCUACGAACGGUAACAAUUUAACGCCUGGUAUGGGGGAGAUCAUCCAGUUAAACGUCGGUGGGACAAGGUUCAGCACCUCCAGACAGACUCUGAUGUGGAUCCCAGACUCUUUCUUUUCAAGUUUGCUGAGUGGAAGGAUAUCCACUCUUCGGGAUGAAACUGGAGCUAUAUUUAUUGACAGAGACCCUACAGCUUUUGCACCAAUUUUGAAUUUUCUCCGAACCAAAGAAUUGGACCUGCGGGGUGUCAAUAUCAGCGUCCUGCGACAUGAAGCAGAGUUUUAUGGGAUAACUCCUUUAGUACGGCGCCUGUUGCUGUGUGAGGAACUGGACCGCUCAUCAUGUGGUAGCGUUCUCUUCCAUGGUUACCUGCCACCCCCAGCCAUCCCCGCCCGUAAAUCAAGCCCCGCCUUAGCAGCCUCUGGGUCCUCCUCUGAAGAGCGGCCAGGUCCAAGUGGAGCAGAGGGCUUCACCCGUGUUGGUCCCCCUCCUCACCCCUCCCUCCAUGGCCCACCUGGAACAGAUGACAACCACAAACUGGGUCCUGUGGUUGACCCUAGGAAAGUGUUGAUUAUAGCAGGACACCACAACUGGAUUGUUGCAGCUUAUGCACACUUUGUCAUCUGCUACAGGAUAAAGGAAUCUUCUGGAUGGCAGCAGGUGUUCUCCUCCCCCUACCUUGACUGGACCAUUGAACGCAUCGCGCUCAAUGCGAAGGUGGUCGGUGGGCCGCAUGGAGACAAGGACAAGAUGGUGGCCGCUGCCUCUGAGAGCAGUAUCAUCCUCUGGAGCAUCCAAGAUGGAGGCAGUGGUAAUGAAAUAGGGGUAUUCAGCCUCGGCGUACCUGUUGAUGAUCUCUUCUUCAUUGGCAACCAGCUGGUGGCUACGAGCCAUACAGGGAAGGUUGGGGUGUGGAAUGCUGUCACACAACACUGGCAGGUUCAAGAUGUGGUUCCCAUCACCAGCUGUGACACAGCAGGAUCCUUCCUACUACUGGGCUGCAACAAUGGCUCUAUCUACUACAUAGACAUGCAAAAGUUUCCACUGAGGAUGAAGGAUAAUGAUCUUCUGGUGACUGAGCUUUAUCACGACCCUUCAAAUGAUGCCAUCACUGCACUUUCUGUCUACCUCACACCUAAAACCAGUGUGAGUGGGAACUGGAUAGAGAUAGCCUACGGGACCAGCAGCGGUGCAGUGAGAGUGAUCGUGCAGCACCCGGAGACGGUGGGAUCGGGCCCCCAGCUCUUUCAGACCUUCACUGUGCACAGGAGCCCCGUGACAAAGAUUAUGUUGUCUGAGAAACAUCUGGUAUCAGUGUGUGCAGACAAUAACCAUGUUCGGACGUGGACGGUGACCCGAUUCAGGGGGAUGAUCUCCACCCAGCCAGGCUCCACCCCUCUGGCCUCCUUCAAAAUAUUGUCCCUAGAGGAGACGGAGAGCCACGGCAGCUACUGCUCUGGGAAUGAUAUCGGUCCAUUUGGAGAGAGAGACGAUCAGCAGGUUUUCAUCCAGAAGGUCAUCCCUAUCACCAACAAACUGUUUGUGAGGCUCUCAUCAACUGGAAAAAGGAUUUGUGAGGUGCAGUCAGUGGACGGGACCACCAUCUCUUGCUUCAUGGUGCGGGAGUGCGAAGGUUCCAGUCGGAUGGGGUCACGACCGCGGCGCUAUCUGUUCACUGGUCAUGGCAACGGCAGCAUCCAGAUGUGGGACCUGACAACUGCGAUGGACACCGCUAACAAAGGAGAGGAGAGGAAGAAAGAGGAUGUAGGUGGGCCUACAGAGGAGGAGCUGCUGCAGCUGUUGGACCAGUGUGACCUGAGCACCUCCCGCUGUGCUACACCAAAUAUAAGCCCCGCCCCCUCAGUGCUGCACCACACACGCCUGCGAGAGUCCUGCUCGAGCCUGCAGUUACAGGCCCAGGAGCCCAUUCCUGAGAGCCAGGCCACUUAUGGAGCUGUGCGACCUUACAGAGAGAGCCCCCUGCUGGCCCGUGCUCGACGGACUGAGUCCUUCCACAGCUACCGAGACUUCCAGAACUUCAGCCUGAGUCGAGGUGUUCUAGACAGCACAGGUCAGAUAACCGCUCAGGGCCACAGCCAUGUCCCCGACGCCCGCCGUUCACUCUGUGACUUUGGGCCCGAGGACAGUGAGAGGAGAGCCUCAGCUAUGGAGCUCUGGUCCUGCCGAACCACCAGCGCAAGCUCCAACAGUAAUGUCGGAGCUCUGACCGCUGCUGGUGUCUCUGGGGCGAAGGCAGAAGGUGGCCAAGAAACUCCACGGCAACCUCCAGACAGCCCAAUUCCUGGGGGUGACGUCAGACGAAAGGUGCACCCACCGCCCGAGGAGGGAGAGGGUGUGGGAUCCGGUGGAGACGGGGCAAAAGCAGAAGGAGGUGUGAGGAAAAGAGGAGUAUUAGAAGGAGGCUUUUUAGGGAGGAAGAGGGCUCCCCCAGUUCCUCACCUUUCUUCCCUCCCCUCUGGAUCUGACGGGGGCGGCAGUGACUCGUCUGCAAAUGCCUCCCCUUCCCCGACCAAACUGGCCUCCUCCACCUCACCGCGACACAGGAAGCUGGUCCCCGAGCCAUCCAAUCAGGACAGCAGCCUGUGAGAGUGCAAUGUACCCACCACAUUCCGGUCAGCGGAAUCAUUUCGUAAAGGUGUCCUGACGGUGGAUGUAGGACUGACUGUGUCAAAGAUGAAGUCUGAAGUGAAGUAUGUUUCUCUCAGUUUUCUCCCAAGGCUGAAAAACAUUUAUUUAAUCUAUACACCUUUUAUUUAAGUCAGUGGAACUCAAACAAUGUCGUCAUAUUUUUAACUACAAAACCUGACACAAGGAAGCAGUUACAUCCCAGCACUGGCAGCGUGACAUCUCAACCAGAGCAGGAUAGCAUUUUCUUUUCUAUCUCUUGUAAAAUGGACCGGAGCUCCUAAAAUCUCUGUUUGCUUUUGGUGUUUGCUUUAAUCUUAACAAUUUGGUAAUGAGGUCAGGCUGAUAUCAAUUUGCCAGCUCAUUGCUGAAGAACCGAUGAAAUAGUUUUUUCCUCCUGUGUUGUUGUUCACUUGACAGCUUAACAAAGAAACAGUACAGUAACUAUGGGACUGAGCAAAAAUAUGUUUGCUCUGGUAUUGUCAGGGAUGUGUCGCUGCCUGUUUGGUUUGAAGCACAAACAAGUGUUAGACCACAGAUCCAUUAACUCAUCAAGGUUCUUCAAAUUUCAAUUCAAAAGACAGCACAGCACAGUAGUAUUAACAGAAUGGGGGUUUUCAGUACUAUCUGAGGAGUGUGUUAUUUAGCUUGUGAGACCCUUAGCUACGAAAUGGAAUUAACACAGGCACACCUGUUCUUUUAUCAGAUUUUUAAGGUGUUUUUAAUGACUUGUACUCACUGGUAAGAAUCACUAUGCUCAGAACCCGACUCAAACCUCAAGCUAACACAGAACAUCCAGAUUUAAACACAUCUUACAUAUAACAUUUAUUGAGAUCCUCAACUAAUGGUUACUUUCAUUAUUGAGUAAUCGGUCAGAUAAUUUUAAACAAAAUUACAUUUAAAAAUAUUCAAUUUAUAAUGAUAUAAAACAGAAAAAAGCAGCAAAUCCUCACAUUUUAGAAGAAACCAGCAGGUGUUGCUGAAGUUUCCAUUGAUCAUCAAAUGAUUUGACCAGUAUUUUUAGCACUAGUUCCAUAGAUUUGUCGAAAGGAUCAGACACCUCUCAAAGACAGAACUCAUGAUGAUAUCAGACGUCCCUGACAACAUGUACAGUUUGUUUCGCAGUGGAUUUUUACUUACCCUCAACAUGUUACCCUGGCCAGAAUCUUGGCAGCUACUUGAAUCCCAAAAUGUCCCUUGCUGCGGCCAAAAACACAAAAGUUAUUGAAUUUAAAGCAAUGACACUACAAGUCAACAGACAACAAGCAGUUAAGUCAUUUUGCAGCUCCAGAGUGCAGUAAAACCUCUUUAGGUUUGUCGUUCGACAGCUCAGUGACAACUAUGCAACAGUAGAUUAUGACGCACAACAGCUAAAACUAACACUCUGUGUUUCCACUGGAAGUCUUCAGGAUUUGCCACAUAGUGAGACGAGGAUGAUGGCCUGAAAAAACAAUGAAUCCUCAUGUGAAUGGGUACCUGCUUUUCCCUGCAGUUGGCUAUUUCAAAGUUUAUUUCACUAUUUACAGGCCAAUCACAUCCAUAACUUAUUUUUAUACAAAGAGUAGCAUAAAAACAAAAACAAACAAAAAAAACAAGACACACGUUGUGACAUUUACUGUAUUCCAGUGCAACAAUUUGAGGGAAUUUCAUAAAACAUUUGUACAUGUGAAUUUAAAAACAAAUUAGAGGCACACAGCUGGAACCUUACAAUUUGAGGGACAUGUUUUUUUUGUUUUAGGAGAAUUAUCCAUGAAAAAUAUCACACUCACACUAACUGACAGCUGAUCAUCUUAAGCUACAAUUUGUAUUGGAACAAAAUCUGUUUUUAAUGCUUUAUGGUUUACAUACAACCUUUUCCUUAAUAUUUAAACAGAUAGAAACCAUUUGACUCGUUUUAUCAGACAGUUAGCUCACAGUUCAGAAGUAAGAAAAACUAGAUGUGUUUAAAUUCAAGCUGUUUCACGGUGGUGCCUGUGCAAGAUCACACUAAUUAUUAUUAUUUAUAUUUUAUUUUUUUACCGUAUCACUAUAUAACUACACUCAGUUCAACACAAGGACCUACACUACAUCACUUUAUGCCCUUUGAGACAGGUUUUUGAUGUGUCUUGUCUUGUUUUGGAUGACUGUUGCAGUGCCUUAUUUAAACUUGUUUGACAGUUGUCAGCCUGUUUGUGUGUUUUAACUGAAAAGGAUUCUGACCAAAGGCUUGUGAAGAUGGAGCUCGCUCACAUAUCGGACCUGUCCGCUCUGGCUCUGGCUAGAAUUGUCUGUUGAUAGAUUUACACCGGGCCAAAUUAGAUUUUAUGACUGUGUCUAAAAGAUCAUUGAUGUGUGGUUAUUUGAAUUGAUAGGCAUUAGACAUCUAUUGUAAAUAAUCCUGAAGAAGACUAUUAACUGGAGACUCCAUGUCUUCUCCCAACACCUGGGGAACUUUUAUCUCUUAAAGGUAAAACAUGAGUGUGCGCUCCAUAGGAAUCAAAAGCAGUGCACCUUGGUUAUAUAGAAGUAGGGUUAAAAAGACUGGAUAGCUUAUAGUAAAAUGGCAGCAUCCUUUAUCAGUAAAAUCAGGUUGUGAGCUAAACCUUCUUCUUUACUGUUCAAACCUGUAGGUUAAAUAAGUUUAAGAAACCAGACCAGCUCAUGAUCUACGGUACCUUGUUAUAUUUGUGAGGACAAUAUCCUGUAAAAAAUCGGUGCAAAUAUUGCAAAAAAGAAAUAGAACAAGAAAGACUUUCCUGAAAUGUUAAUUAUAAUUUGCUGGAUCCAGCAGCUAUGUAACCUCACAUAUUGCUUAUUAUUUCAAGUAUAAAAAUAUAAACUGACAUGUGGCCCCUGCCUGUACAAAGAUGUAAAUUUUGAUACACAACUGUUUGAUAUAUAAGUGUAUGGAAAGUUGACAUACAUAUUCAAAACAAAAUCCUAAUAUGGAUGCAUUGAUGUGUGUGAUGGUGUGUUGAUACUUACACUGUUGUUCAUUACAUAUUAUUGAUAAUCAUUUAAUGCCUAUAUUGAUAUUACCAUGCUAUUGGACCUAACUGCGUUUGCACUUGCACUAUUAAGACUAAUAUUAAAAGUAACUAGCUAGUGUUUAUUUUAUAUAAAAUAUAAAAUUUUAAGUGUUUUUCAGCACAUAACUGUCUGACUGAAGAUCUGUUUGUCCUUGUCUGUCAUCCCUCAGUUCCUCUCUGGCUUUGUUUACAUUACAUUGCAGCCAGACACUAGUGAGCUAAAAGAACUACAUAUCUGUUUGUUUUAAACUGCCCUGUCCAUCGUUGUUUUACAUUGUGUUUGUUAGAAAUGCUGCAUUAUGUUGUAAUAAUAUUUACAAUUGCCUACAAUACUGAUCAAAUAUAAUGUUUAAUUUUAUAAUGUUCAAAUCUGUAUAACAACACAGCUGAAAAGAAAUCAGGAGGAUCAGUUUGCAGACUGGAAAUGUUUACCUUUUUUUUUUUUUUUUAAAUACAUUUGGUAUGCAUGUUUUAACACAUUGUGUAGAAAAAGAAAACAUUGUUCUGGGAUCAUUAACUUCCCUCUAGUUUUCCAGGCCAAUGUUAUCAACAGCAGAUUGAGAGUAACUGAAAACAAAAUAAAAUAAAAACAAUAUAUAUAUA